CCUCCUCCUCCCCACACCACCACCCCCAGAUCCCGCAAACCGCGAAACAAACCACCCCCGCAUCUCUCUCUCUCUCUCUCUUCGUCGAGCUCCUCCUCCUCCGCUGCUGCUGCCGCCCAUGGCUUCGUCGUCGAAGAGGAGAGGCGGGGCUGGAGGUGGAGGAGCGGAGAAGAAGGACCUCUUCCAUGUCGUCCACAAGGUGCCCGCAGGGGACAGCCCGUACGUCAGAGCCAAGCACCUGCAGCUUGUCGAUAAGGAUCCGGAGACAGCCAUCGUGUGGUUCUGGAAGGCGAUCAACUCCAGGGACAAGGUGGAUAGUGCCCUGAAGGACAUGGCUGUGGUGAUGAAGCAGCAGGAUCGCGCCAAGGAGGCGAUAGAAGCCAUCAGAUCAUUCAGGCACCUCUGCUCAAGGCAGGCUCAGGAGUCCCUUGACAACCUUCUGAUCGACCUCUACAAGAAAUGUGGCAAAGUCGAUGAACAGAUCGAUCUACUGAAACAGAAGCUGAAGAUGAUAUACCUUGGAGAGGCCUUCAACGGGAAGGCGACCAAGACAGCACGUUCCCAUGGGAAAAAGUUCCAGGUCUCUAUCCAGCAGGAGACUUCUCGCAUUCUGGGCAAUCUUGGCUGGGCUUACAUGCAGCAGAGCAACUAUUCAGCCGCUGAAUUGGUGUAUCGCAAGGCGCAAAGCAUUGAGCCUGAUGCCAAUAGGGCAUGCAACCUUGGGCUGUGCCUAAUUAAGCAGAGCAGGCAUGAUGAAGCAAGACAAGUACUUCAUGAUGUUGUGCUACGCAGAAUCUCCGGAUCGGAAGAUGACAAGGUGGUAGCCCGAGCUAAGCAGCUUCUCCAUGAACUUGAGCCGGUGACGCAUGUUACGUCGCCAAAUAAUGCUGGGCUGAGUGUCAGUGAAGAGAUCAUGGAGAGACUAGACCUUGUGUUGAACGAAUGGACGCCGUUCAGGUCAAGGAGGCUGCCGGUAUUUGAGGAGAUAGCUACCUUAAGGGACCAAAUUGCUUGUUGAUCCCUUUAUUCGCAAGGUUUUUGUUCUUUUGCUUAAUGUGCAUACGGGUGCGUUGCCUUAGAAAUUCAUGUGCAUAUGUAGAGGCUGUUGUGGGCUUGUGGCAGUGCGAGUAAUGGAGUAAAGGUUGUGAUGUUCAGAUAGAUAUCAUAUAGCUAGAGAUCAUGCAAAGCAUCCAAGGAAUAGUGUAUUUUGUCUUCAUGUUCUAUGAUGCUUAUAAUGUGUUGUAAACAUUCUACAGACUACAAGAAAUCCAAGUGUACACUUCACUUGGCUUGUUGGAAUCAAAAACUGGAAGACUGAAAUGGUUUGGUUUCAAGUU